AUGACACUCAAAAUUUCAACAAUUCCACGCCUAGAUAUGAUUGGUCUUGCGAAGCCACGCAAACCUGAAAUUGAAAAUGUAUUAGCAGGCAGAGGCAACUUUAAAAAAUUAUCUAGGUUCGAUUUGUACACCGACAACACCGCUGGCCAUAAGUUCUUCUCAGUUAUUCUUUUCCCGUACCAAGCAUAUCUGCAUUUUCUCAACUGUUCAUUUCCAUUUUCAGCUGCUGUAUCGCUCAAAAGACGGGUUGACAUAGAUGUAGAUAUAUCUCUAUUCGUACAUGGUUUGCUGGGAGUCAAGAAUAUCACGUGCUUGCUACAUGUGCACAUCAUGAGAAAAUCCUUGGAGAUCAUAGCUGGUCAAGUAUGAAUUUUCCCACAAAGCUAUGAACGGAUUGCGCAAUUGGCACCAAGACCUUCAGUUUCUCAAUCUGCCACAACUACUCCCGAAUUCAAUGCAUAGGAGAAAUUUUAAUAUUCUGGCCUGUCCCAUUUUUGAAUUGUUUGGUGCUUUGCAGUAUAAUUUUGGCCCAAUACUUUACAUUAUAUGAUGAAAUUAAAAUUUUUUUCUUACCAAA